GUGACGGGUUAACCUUGAAUAAGAAACAUCCACAGUGGCGCCGUUUUCAUUCGUUGACGACCGCAAUCUUUUAAGUUUUAAAACUAAUUCACGCAACUUUUUUUUUUUUCAUUAUGGAAUAAGUAAGCAAAACAUUUGAAAAUUGAUUUCCAGACUCGGGAAGGGCCUCAUCAUGAACACCUGUAUCAUCUCCGUGAUCCUCGCCCUCACAAUCAGCAUGUCCAUGGUCAAGUCCUCACCCAUAUUCCCAGUGGUGGAGCUCUCGUCAAUGCACCCACGGGACGCAUGUUUAUUCAUUUGCAGCAUAUGUUUUCAUUCUGAGGAGAACUCCAUGUUAAAGUGUGCAAACAACUUCUGUCUUUCUGACUACGGUUUCAACGGCCUUGGUUACUUGUGGAUCGGCAAAGAGUGUGCUCAUUGGCCAAGUCUGGAGAAAUUUGUUGCUGCCGAAAAUGUUCUGAAGAAUUAAACACGUUACGCCUGUUUAUAAACUUGUUGAAGUUUUACAUAUCUAUUGAUUCGUUUUUACAAUGUCAUUGACUUUUAAUUUAUUUCAGUGCAAUCUUCUCAUUAUACAUUUUAAUAAAUGAAAUAUGAAAAAAAUGA